GCAGUUCAACAUAUUUCAGCAAACCUUUUAUUGAAAACUAACAAUACCCAUGUCUGAAAUGGAAACAACCAGGUCAGAGAGAAGAAAUGUGAGCAGUGUGGAUUGAAAUGAGUUCUAGCAGAAUUGUUUCAUGGUGAUAUCCCUUCACUGUCACCCAGCACGUAAUUCUCAGGUUACCAGCUCUGUAAGGGCCUUGACAGAUCGAGAAAACAUAGGGUGGUUGACUACAGCUGGCGCUCCGGAGGACACCACCAGGCUGCCAAAGAGGAACAAACUUUUUCCACGAUGAAGACCAGCUUGGUCUGCUGUCUCUCCUUGGUAUUUACAACAGGAAUUCUUCAUGUUGCUGAUGCAGCACAAGGAAAAUACGCUCAAAUGCUCUUUAAUGAACUUUUUGAAAGCUAUUCAAAUGCUCUCAGACCAGUGGAGGAUACAGACACGGUCCUGAAUGUCACCCUUCAGAUCACUCUUUCCCAAAUAAAAGACAUGGAUGAGAGAAACCAAAUUCUGACUGCCUACCUAUGGAUUCGACAAACAUGGUAUGAUGCCUAUUUGAAGUGGGACAAAGAUGACUAUGAUGGGCUGGAUUCUAUCCGGAUUCCUAGCAAUCUUGUAUGGAGGCCAGAUAUUGUCCUUUAUAACAAGGCUGAUGAUGACUUUUCUGAACCAGUGAACACCAAUAUUGUAUUGAGGUAUGAUGGAAAGAUUACUUGGGAUGCACCAGCUAUAACAAAAAGUUCAUGUGUGGUGGACGUAUCUUACUUUCCCUUCGAUAGCCAGCAGUGCAAUCUAACCUUUGGUUCUUGGACCUACAAUGGUAAUCAGGUAGAUAUAUUCAAUUCUUUAGACAGCGGCGACCUUUCAGACUUUAUAGAAGAUGUGGAGUGGGAGAUUCAUGGCAUGCCAGCUGUUAAGAACGUGAUAACCUAUGGCUGCUGCUCAGAGCCUUAUCCAGAUGUUACAUACACCCUUAUUUUGAAAAGGAAGUCAUCCUUCUAUAUAUUUAACCUGCUGCUUCCUUGUCUAUUGAUAUCUUUUCUGGCUCCACUGGGAUUCUACCUUCCGGCAGACUCUGGAGAAAAAGUGUCUCUAGGAGUUACUGUUCUGCUUGCUUUGACCGUGUUUCAGCUAAUGGUUGCAGAGAGCAUGCCCCCUUCUGAAAAUGUGCCCUUGAUCGGUAAAUAUUACAUCGCUACUAUGACAAUGAUCACAGCAUCCACAGCACUGACAAUCAUUAUAAUGAAUAUCCAUUACUGUGGAUCGGGAGCCAAACCUGUUCCACAGUGGGCAAGGGUGGUCAUUUUGGACUACAUGUCAAAGAUUUUCUUUGUUUAUGAUGUUGGUGAAAAUUGCACAAGUUCACAAGGUUUGAAAGAGCAAGACCCAAAGUUGGAAAAAAUGAAUAUUUGUCCAAAAGAGCAAGAAAAAUAUGAAGGGGCAAGGAGACAACUUGCUAAGAUCAGAAAUAAUGACACUGACCUCCAAAAGAAACUGCCAGAUGAUAUUUGUGAUGGCUAUGGAGUCCAGAGGGAAAAUACCAGGGAUAUUGUUAGCUGCUGUUCCUGUUACAGAACACUGAUCAAGAAUAUUGAAUAUAUUGCUAAUUGUGUGAGGCGCCACAAAGCCAACCACGCAAAAGGAGUGGAGUGGAAAAAAGUAGCAAAAGUGAUGGACAGAUUCUUUAUGUGGAUUUUUUUUAUUAUGGUCUUUUUCAUGAGUGUUUUGAUUAUUGGCAAAGCACUUUAAUAAGAAAUAUAGCCAGGGCUAUAACUAGACAACAUAGCCCUCAGGUCCUCCCAUAGUGUUAUAUUUAAAAACCUUAGGUCAUGAUGAAAGUGGGUGACAUGUCCCCCCCUCAAAAAAACCUUCAUUCUAAUCCAUUCCUUCCCAGUGGGCAAAUUAUGUGCAUUUAGGAUUAAAGUCUGCAAGCUGAAACACCCUGGACUUGGAAAUAAACUGCAUUGGACUCCCAAGUAAAUCAGUAUAGACCUGAGAUGCAUGUUUAGUUUUGCCAACUGUGAUGGACAUGUCCUAAGGGGAAGAAAGAGGCUACAGAAAUCCAGUGUCUCCAAGAAAACUCAGCGGGAUAGAGAAGAGAAUGCUAGAGCUGGACUGGGGAUACUGAUAUUCAUAUCUUCACUGAGCUCAUUAGGUAGCUUUCUGCCAGCCACUCUCUGCCACUCUCUCUCAGGGUUGGUGUCAGGAUAAAAUAGUAUGACAUUGACCCCAAGUUCCUUGGAGAGAGCAGAUCUAAAGAAUAAGUAAGAGGAGAAAUGUACAUUUAAAAAGGAGCCAUUAAUCUCUGGGAAGUACUCUCACCAUGUUGUUGCAACAUGUACAAUUUUCUCAUGAGGAUCCAGCUCGGAGGGGAACACCACUUUGGAGAAGAAACCAAGCAGAACAGUGAUUAGCUGAGUGUCUUUGAUAUCACAAAGUGCCCUUCUCCCCACUCUAAGGAGUAGGCUGUUUUCUGCUUGUAAACAAAGAAAUGGGUCGUUUUAAAAAACAGCUGCUGUGUGAUUGUUUAAUAUAUAAUCAUACACACAAAGCAUAAAAGAGAGGCAACCCACACGAAGCAUAGAAGAAGAGUCCACACUGGAGAGAGUAUCAGUGUUCAUUGCAACUUCAGGUAAACCUGUAAUUUGAAGAGAGAAAGGAGUGGGAAGAGAUAAAAACUGUUGGUUCCUGUUUUUAUGUCUUUUGGUAUGCACCCUCGAUUAUCUUCUCUGAAUGGAUCCAGUAGAUCAAAGACUACAACUAUUGCUCAGCUGAGAAUUGUGUGUACAACUUUGAUAUGUGGAAGAAAAACAUGAUUGAUUUGACAAACCCCAUCAGCUAAUAUAAAGGUUGGUCUCAUCCGCAACAUACAUUUAAAGCACAUGGUAUCCCCUAAGAAUCCUGGGAACUGUAGUUUGUUAAGGGUACUGAAAACUUUAGCUCUGUGAGGGGUAAACUACACUUCCAAGGAUUCUUGUGGGAGGGAUGUGCUUUAAAUGCAUGGUGAAGGUGUGAGCCGUGUGAAUAUUGGCACUGAAAUAAGCCAGUAUGGAUGACAAAGAUAACUGGAGUUCUCCACAGCCCAGUACUGGCUUUACAGAUCAUGCCCCGCCCUCAUUCUGCCAUAUGUAUGCUGUGCUCAAAAACCCUGCAUUUCCCAUGUUCUGCUCUUUACCUCUUUGACAUCCCAUAGCCCAAACAUGAUAGCUAUGAAUGAUGCUUAGAUUGAUCAUGGCUCUUGGAUGAGAUGAGCUCUCCUUGAUGUUCAUCUGUAUAGUAAAAGUUUCUAAUGUAAAUACAAGCAAAAUAAACAAUGCCUUAUAAACC